UGAAAUUUGAAGAAGUAAGAACUGAGAACAUUGCGCGGUUGUCUGUCCUCGAAUGAACACGCGCGUACGGUUGCUUUACGUAACUUGGCAACCACGAUUUAAGUUAUAGGUUCAGUGAUUUAUUACAUGCAUUAAUUCUCCCAUCAAAUUAUUCAAUCAAUGAUAUUUUUUUGCAACUAUUUUCUUUCUCUGUGACUUUUAUACACGAUCACAAUGAUCAUAAGAAAGCUUUCUUAUGUGUUUAUCGCGGGAUUAAUUUCUGUCGUAUCAUUCACUGGUGGAUCAGAAGAAGGUUCUCGAAGGAAGCGUACCCGCGCAGAAAGUGCGGCGGUGCGAGAGCCUGCGCAAGCGUUGGAUGCUCCCGACCCGGAGCCCAGCGCCGCGCCUGCACCCACCGCAUUUAUAAACCCCUCGGUUAAGGAGUACCUUGAACUUGGCAUGGCUAUACCUGGAAAGCCGGGCACAGACUAUCCUGUUCUAGGAGCAGUUCCUUACACAAAUUUCUACUGCGACGAUCAACCAUAUCCUGGCUUUUUUGCUGAUAUGGAAACCCGUUGUCAAGCCUGGCACUACUGCGAUAUAGAUGGCCGGCAGGCUUCCUUCCUUUGUCCCAACGGUACAGUGUUUUCCCAAGGCGUGGCGUCUUGCGACUGGUGGUUCAAUGUUCGAUGCGCUCUCUCACCAGCACUUUACCCACUAAAUGCAAGGCUCUAUAGACGAAGGAAAAAACAGUCAAAACCGAAGCCACACAGAGUGAUCGAUAAGAAACUCGUCGAUGAAAUAUUUUUGUAAUUAAUAUUAUGUAUUUUAAGUUAAUGUUAAGGUACUUGUUACGAAUUGUUCCUUCUAAGGUUGUUUGAAAUGUGAUAUUGUACUGCCAAUAACUGUAAAAACUAUUAGAUUUUGAUUGCAUGUGAGAACACCAGAUGAAACGUAAAAAUUAAACAAAUUCUGUGUAUCGUAGUAAUUAUGACUGGACUGAUUGA